CUUUACAUUUGAGACUAUUUUGUAAACAAUUGGCGUUUAAAGCAAUCGUUUUGUUUGAGACAAUUGUCUACAUCUCUGGUGGAAGCGAUGUCUUCGGGAAGUGAUGGCAACGGUUGCGAUGAGAAUCAACUCAAAGCCAAAGCGAAGGUCAUGUUUGGGAAGACAUCCGAGUAUUUGGUGGCAGAACUCAAUGUGACUCUCGAAGACUAUAAGCUGUUGGAAGAGAUGAAUAAUGUGACCACAAAUAAGUACAAAGAGAUGACAGAAGCGACCGAAUCGGUGGCCAAAAGUGUGGACUCAAUGAAUGAUAAAUACAAGACUUUAUUACCAAACCUUCAAUUGAUUGAUAAGAUUGAAGAGAAGGUCCAGAAACUGGAAGACAUGGCCUAUGCUAUCGACGCCUACUCUAAACGAUUA